UUACUGUUCUAUAUGACAUGGUUACUGUUCUAUGUGACACGGUUACUGUUCUAUGUGACAUAGUUACUGUUCUAUGUGACACAGUUACUGUUCUAUGUGACACAGUUACUGUUCUAUGUGACACAGUUACUGUUCUAUGUGACACAGUUACUGUUCUAUGUGACACAGUUACUGUUCUAUGUGACACAGUUACUGUUCUAUGUGACACAGUUACUGUUACUGUUCUAUGUGACAUGGUUACUGUUCUAUGUGACACGGUUACUGUUCUAUGUGACAUAGUUACUGUUCUAUGUGACAUAGUUACUGUUCUUCUAUGUGACACG